UUUAACCAUUUUUGCAUUACAAGUAAUCCGCCCUCGCUCCAUCAUUAUUUAAGUGGGAAUGCUACUGCCUCAGCCGUAGCAAAACAGCCCCUACACCCUCCGGCCGGCCACCACCGCAGCUCCUCCCAAUAUGAGUCCUCCUCAAGGAACAAUAUCUGGUGAUGGCGAUUUUGGGGUCAACGACGACGGCGGAUACUACGUCCGUACUGAUCAGAAGACCGUUGACGGCGGGGAUGAGGAGUUCGACCCCGCGGUGCCGCCGCCGUUCAGGCUGGGGGAGAUACGAGCGGCCAUACCCAAGCACUGCUGGGUGAGGGACACGUGGCAGUCUGCGUCGUAUGCGCUCAGGGAUUUCGCCGCCGUCUUCGCGCUGGGAGCGGCGGCCGUUUAUAUCAACAGCUGGUGGUUCUGGCCGCUCUACUGGGCAGCUCAGGGCACCAUGUUGUGGGCUCUGUUUGUUCUUGGACAUGAUUGUGCGCAUGGAUGCUUUUCUGAAAAUAAGCUGGUGAAUGACGUGGUGGGGCUCCUGGUGCUUACACCUGUCCUUGUGCCCUUUCAAGCAUGGAGAAUCAGCCACAAGCAUCACCACCAGUACCACGGGAACAUAGACAAAGAUGAAGCAUGGGUGCCGGUGACAGAGAGUGUAUACAACAAUUUAGAUACAGUGAGCCGAAUUCUUCGAUUCACAUUUCCAUUCAGCCUCUUUUCUUGGCCUUAUUAUCUUUGGCAUGGGAGUUUGGGGAAGUGCAGAUCUCAUUUCAACCCAUACAGCGAGCUCUUCACUCCUAAUGAGAGAAAAGACGUGAUGAUUUCCACUGUUUGGUACACUGCAACGGUUGCCCUCCUUGUUUGGGCAUCCUUCGCUUUUGGCCUUCUUCUACUCCUCAAAGUCUACACUGUUCCAUACAUGAUUUUUGUAAUGUGGCUAGACUUGGUUACUUACCUGCAACACCAUGGUCAUGACAACCAGAUUCCAUGGUAUCGUGGCAAGGAAUGGAAUUAUCUGAGGGGAGGAUUAACGACGUCGGAUCAUGAUUACGGAUGGUUCAACAAGAUCCACCAUGACGCCGGAUCUCAUCUCAUACACCAUCUCUUCCCCCAGAUCCCCCACUACCACGCAGUCGAAGCGACUAGGGCAGCUAAGCCAUUGCUGGGGAAGUAUUACAGAGAGCCGAAGAAGUCAGGCCCAUUCCCAUUUCAUUUGAUUGGGCUUAUAGCGACGAGCGUCAGCCGAGACCACUUUGUCAGCGACACAGGAGACAUCGUGUACUAUCAGACCGAUCCGAACCUCCACAAAUUCCCUUGGGCCAGGCCCAAGUGACUCUCUUGGGCCGCCAUAAAUUGGCCCAUCGUCCUACAAAGCGGGAGAUGCAUUUUAUAGUUAUGUGACAAAAUUCAUCUCAAAUCCCCCCACUUUCAGAAUAAGUUCAAGUUUUUUUUAAAAAAAAUCUACCAAAGUUAGUGGCUUUAUUUGUUCUUCUUUGGAAAUAAUAUAAUUAUUAUUGGCAUAUCA